AGACACGCAGCUGCUGUUUAAAGGGACCUUGUCGCCUUUUCAUCGCUUUGUCAUCGCAGCUGACCGGUCAUGUGACAUUGAAGUAUGAGAAGCUGAAGUCUGCUUGUUUCCUCACUCAGCUCUGAUUCUUCACGGAGGAAACUCUGAGCAGGUAACAAGCUGCUGAGAACUUUGACAAGCUUCGGCUCUUAUUGCAAAACUGCUGCGACAGCGUUUUAUGAAAGGAGACCAUCCAGAAUGCUGCCUUUGUUUGUAAUUACAAGCCUUUUGGCUUUUGUCUCCAGCAAACCAUGUGAUACUCAAGGAUCCAACCGUGAGCUGCUCCUGUCACUCAACAAGAAUCUCCUUCGCUCUUUGGAGAGUCAGGAAGGACUUCCUAAUCCCAGUGUCCACUUGGCAUUACGCCUCUCUAACUACCACAACCUCGCUAAGGAGAGCGAACACCUCAACAGACUGAAAAAUAAUUUGCACAAUGACCUACAAAGCUCUCUCUCUAACAGUCGGUCUGUGGUCGGCCAACUGGCGCUUUACACUCUGGCUUUAAAGUCCUCCUGCUAUGACCUGAACACAGUCACCUUCACCGUCAGUGAGAAGACUGAGACGCUGCUGACACACCUGAAAAAGCAGAUGGAACUAGAGAAGGAGCAUAUUGCCUUCAGCCAGCGCCCUUUGACCAGCUACUACCAGUACUCUCUGGGUGUGCUCGCUCUGUGCGUGAGCGACAUCAGGGUCAGCAACCAUGUCAGCAACAAGCUCAUCAAAGCAGCGGAACAAGGACAAUUAAAACACGGAGACACUGAGAGUGUUGAUACCUACGCCAUGGCUGGAAUGGCUCUGCAGUGUGUGAAGGACUCCGGUGCUCAUGGGCAGAACUCUGCCGAGCUCGACACAGCCCUGACCAAGAUCAAGCAGAAGCUUCUGGCCUCGAGUAGACCUGAUGGUCAUAUUGGCAAUGAGUUCAGCACAGGUCUUGCAGUUCAAGCCUUAUUGGCAAUGGGCAGCGAGGUUGCAGAGUGUGCUGCCUCAAUGGAGGCUAUGAGGACAGCUGCCAGAAGCAACACCUACCACAACCCUAUGGCCAUAUCACAGACGCUGCCAGCUCUCCUUCAGAAAUCCUACCUGACAGUUAAAAGCAAGCAGUGUCUCAAUGAGGACAACACCCUGAUGCUGGAGCCCGUAGAUCCUGUGGUGGUUUUGCCAAGUGAGAACAAAGUGGCCGUGGUGGUGGAAGUGGUGACGUUCAGCGGAGCAGCAGAGCUUUACUCUGUGGAUGUGCCCAAGGGCAGCUCCCUGCUGGAGGCCCUCGAACUGCUCAAAGGGAAUCAUGUCGGCUUCACGUUUGAGUUGGAGUCCAGCCUGUGGGGACCUUUCUUAAGCGCGGUGAACGGAGAGCAGGCCAGACAGAGCGAUCGCAGAUUCUGGCACCUCUCCUCUGACGGCACUGCGCUCAGUCAGGGUGUCAGCGAUUUCAAGAUUAAGAUGGCACAAAGGAUCAGGAUCAAAAACACAAGCUACUGAUGAUGCAGCAGCAGCAGCACUUAAAUCUUUGUUGGUUUGACCGCUGAUUAUGUUGAAAUUGUCUGUUUUCGCCAGCAAUAAAUAAAUGGACAUAGGGGCUUCAUUGAACAUUUGCAAUAUAAGCAGGUUUGAGGCUUGAAAACACGUGUGAUUUAGAACUACUUAAACAGAUUUUGCUCUUAACAAUAAAUAAACUGUAAAGUUUUUUAAAUUGA